AUGGCUGAUUGUACUCAUUUGGUCUUCUAUUCUGGGGCGAACAGCUUGAUCCCACUCAUCGGAAAGGUUCUUCGCCGGCGAGCGGGUGGAUACCGGGAAGUGGGCAACCUUCGUUGCGCGGGCUUGUCUCUCGUUGACAUUGUGCCUAAACCGAAUGAGCAACUUCGACUGAUCACCCAUCUCAUCACGUUUUUAGAGGAGUUGUUAUGGUGCCAAAUCCGCCAGCGCGUGUGGCGAUCUCAAUUCCCACGAACCAUAUCAGAAUUAACAAUGGCUCUCCGCUCGAUUAUUAUCGCUUCCCUAGUGGUUGCUGUGUUCUCAACCGGCGUGUUUACAACAGAGAACGAUGAGCUUCCGCAUGACCAGGACUGCACGUGGUACACCGAUGCGAACACCACUUCCGCCACUUGCAACGGUGUUCCGGGUAUGAGAUGCACUGGCGGUUGCACUGGCCACGUCACCGCCAGGAAUUGUACCACGAGUCAUGAGAUCAACGUCCAAGAGCCCCCGUUAACUACCGAAAAAUGUACUGUCUCCUACGGCAGGUCGUCUGCAACCAUGGCUGUUUGCCUUACAGAGCACCAGUCUUUCACUUGUUACGGAUCGCCGAGUGGCAAAGCUCGUUGUAAAGGAUGCAGUGGACCGUAA